UUGAAAAAAUAAAUUGUAACUAUCGCGCGAGCACAACACAUCCUCUUCGUGCACGCGACUAGUACUUCAAAAUCAAGAUGGCUACCCACAGUGCUGUACUCUCGAUGUCUAAAAUCAUUAAUCCUUUUUGGGGUGGUCGCCUUGGAAAUACCGUUAAAGUAUUUGGAACAACUCUGACAAGUCGCAGGAAUAAGACCUUGCCAACUGGAGAAAACAUUCCCCCUCCUGCAAAGUAUGGAGGCAGACACACUGUGACCCUCAUACCUGGAGAUGGAAUCGGUCCAGAGCUGCUCAAUCAUGUCAGAGAGGUUUUCAGGUUCAGCUGUGUGCCAGUGGACUUUGAGGUGGUGCAUGUCAACUCUGCUUUGGAGAGUGAGGAUGAUAUCAGUAAUGCCAUCACUGCCAUCCGCCGUAAUGGAGUUGCCCUCAAAGGUAACAUAGAAACCAAACAUACCAUGGCGCCAUCUGUCAAAUCUAGAAAUAAUCUCCUUCGCACAAGCUUGGACUUGUAUGCCAAUGUGAUGCACUGCCAGUCCCUCCCCGGAGUCCAGACUCGCCACAAGAACAUUGACAUCAUGAUCAUCAGGGAGAACACAGAGGGAGAGUACAGCAGUCUGGAGCACGAGAGUGUAUCAGGGGUAGUGGAGUGUCUCAAGAUCAUCACAAGGAACAAUUCCCUCAGGAUCGCUGAGUAUGCCUUCCAGCUGGCCAGGGAGAAAGGUCGUCGUAGGGUCACUGCCGUACACAAGGCCAACAUCAUGAAGCUCGGCGAUGGCUUGUUCCUGCAGUGUUGCAGAGAAGUGGCCUCUGGUUACCCAGACAUCACAUUUGACAGCAUGAUUGUGGACAACACCACCAUGCAGCUGGUGUCUAAGCCCCAGCAGUUUGAUGUGAUGGUGAUGCCCAAUCUAUAUGGGAACGUGGUGAGCAACGUGUGUGCAGGCCUGGUGGGAGGGCCUGGCCUCGUGCCUGGGGCUAAUUAUGGCCGUGACUAUGCUGUCUUUGAAACGGCCACUAGGAACACAGGGAAGAGUAUUGCGGGCAGGAACAUUGCUAACCCCACUGCCAUGCUGCUAGCCAGCUGCAUGAUGCUGGACCACCUUAAGCUUUAUGAAUACGCAAGUUUGAUCCGAAAUGCAAUCCUCACUACUAUGAAUGAAACCAGGUUGCACACAGCUGAUAUCGGGGGUCAGGGCACCACAUCAGAGGUGGUCCAGUCCAUCAUGAGAAUGAUCCAGAGUAAAGGGAAGCUCACAACUGAGCUCUAAACACACUCAUCAGAGGUGUGAGUUUGAACAGCUGUCUGUAUUUGGGACAGUUUAACAGUGUGAGAGAGGAUGUCCAUGCAUGUCUGUUUCCAUAGCAUCGGGUCUUAUCACUGACAGAAUGGUUCCUUUGUUGUUGUUUUUUUUGUUCACACGGCUUACUUACCAAUUCACUGUACAAACAACUUUUUAUCCAUACCUGUAUAAUAAUGACCUUUACGAGACAGUUCCAUUAUCUCUACUAUUAGAUGAUAAAUCCUACUGUAAGGUUAUAUUUCAUAGAGUUCAUAAGGUUCAUUCAGUUGAAAAUCUGUCCUUACAAAUUGUUAUGAAACAUGAAUAGGCCUCUUUUGCAGUAUGUCAAUCACUAAACAGAUGUUGGGGUCAGAAAUAUUUUAAAUAUCCUAUUAUGGACAUUUAACUUCAUACUGUCAUACCGUAUCUUAGUUAAGUUGCCUGUCCUAUACUGCACUGUCGUUUGUAUUCACAUCAGAUCAACUGUGCUAUAAAAAUUGUGAUGUAGCUAUUUCAUAUAUACUGUAUCAUGAGAGGAGGUGUACAUCAAGUAACUGCUGUCAAAGCCUAAGAUUUACUCUUGUGCCAUAAUAAUGUUUUCACCUAAGUUUAAAAAUGUACUGUUGUCUUAAACUCUAACCAGACAAGAGCUCUUCAGCCUAAUAUAAAAAGACUGGUUUUAUCAUAUCUGUGGAUGGGUGUAUAACACAAAUAUUAUCAAUAAAGAAAUAAUCUACCUUAAA